CAACCUUCCCUCAGGUUCAUUAGCUCCACUUCAACACAGCAGUCGACUCUCUCCAGGUGGAGCGCGCUGAUGCAAUAUGGCGGCCGGCGUGGCGACGUGGCUGCCGUUCGCUCGGGCGGCGGCGGUGGGAUGGCUCCCGCUCGCCAAGAAGACGAUGCCCAAACCUCCCAUCGACAACUCGUCCAAAUCAGAUGAGAUCCUGUACGUCAACGUGAGCGGGGUCCGGUUUCAGACAUGGAAGAACACUCUGGACCGUUACCCGGAGACGCUGCUGGGCUCUUCAGAAAAAGAGUUUUUCUACAACGAGGACACUCAGGAAUUCUUCUUCGACCGAGACCCCGAAAUGUUCCGGCACAUUCUGAACUUUUACCGCACGGGGAAGCUGCACUACCCGAGGAACGAGUGCAUCCAGGCCUUCGACGAGGAGCUGGCCUUCUACGGCAUCGUGCCCGAGAUCAUCGGGGACUGCUGCAUGGAGGAAUACCGGGAUAGGAAAAAGGAGAACCAGGAGCGCCUGGCGGAGGACACGGAGGCCAACGAGGGGGUUGACGCCCCGCUGCCCCCCAACAGCACCUCCAGGGAGCGGCUGUGGCGAGCCUUCGAGAACCCGCACACCUCCACCAUGGCUCUCGUCUUCUACUACGUCACCGGCUUCUUCAUCGCUGUGUCGGUCAUCGCCAACGUGGUGGAGACGGUGCCGUGCCGGCCGCCCUUAGGCAGCGUGAAAGAUCUGCCGUGCGGCGAGAAGUACAAGGUCCCCUUCUUCUGCAUGGACACGGCCUGCGUGCUCAUAUUCACCUUCGAGUAUCUGAUGCGCCUUUUCGCCGCGCCCAGUCGCUGCAAUUUCAUGCGCUCCGUGAUGUCCGUGAUCGACGUGGUGGCCAUCAUGCCGUACUACAUCGGCCUGGUGAUGCCGGAGAACGAGGACGUGAGCGGCGCCUUCGUCACGCUCCGGGUUUUCCGCGUCUUCCGCAUCUUCAAGUUCUCGCGCCACUCGGCGGGCCUGAGGAUUUUGGGCUACACGCUGAAGAGCUGCGCCUCAGAGUUAGGCUUCCUGCUGUUUUCUCUCACCAUGGCCAUCAUCAUCUUCGCCACCGUCAUGUUCUACGCCGAGAAGGGCACCAAGGGCUCCACCUUCACCUCCAUCCCCGCCUCCUUCUGGUACACCAUCGUCACCAUGACCACGCUCGGGUACGGAGACAUGGUUCCUAACACCAUCGCCGGGAAGAUCUUCGGCUCCAUCUGCUCGCUCAGCGGCGUGCUGGUGAUCGCUCUGCCCGUCCCCGUCAUCGUGUCCAACUUCAGCCGGAUCUACCACCAGAACCAGAGGGCGGACAAGAUGAGGGCGCAGCAGAAAGUGCGUAUGGCUCGGAUCCGCAUGGCGAAGAGAGGAACAGCCAACGCCUUCCUCCAGUACAAAGAGGACCGAAACAUCGGGGACCCUGACGGCUGUGUGAAGAACAGAUCAGCGUUCGACCAACAACACAACCACCUGCUGCACUGUCUGGAGAAAACUACGAACCACGAGUUCACCAACGAGAUGAACUACAGCGAGCUGUGCAUGACGGAGUCGGUGGGCUUUAAGACGAGUCGCAGCACGUCCCUCUCCAGCCACCAGGGGGCGCAGAACAACUCGUCCGGCUGCUGCCCGCGCCGCGCCCGCCGCCGCGCCGCCAUGAGGCUCGCCAACUCCACCGUGUCCGUGAGCCGGGGCAGCGUGCAGGAGCUGGACACGCUGCACCUGAAGACCACCUGCAUACCCCCUCAGACCCGCUCCAGUCUGAACGCCCAGAUGUGCGACAUGAAGCUGAACUGCGGGGAUCCGGACUUCACGGCCGCCAUCAUCAGCAUCCCCACCCCCCCCGCCAACUCCCCCGACGAGAGCCUCCCCCCCUCGCCCGCCCCCAUGCUGGGCAUCCUUCGAAACACCCGGGCCACAGCCUACAUCCAGGACUCCGUCAAGAUCUCCUCCUUAUAACCUCCGACCUCCUUCCUCCUCCCUUAGUAACCCACUCUUCCCUACCUCCUAUUCCCUAAUAACCUCCAUCUGAACCCCUGAUCCUGAACGCAGGGCACUGAGGCGGAGAUUUUGGGGCGAAAUACAGAUACUUUGGGUUUUCUCUCACUUCCUUUUCCCUUUUUUUGUGGAUUAAUGGAGAGAAACUUGAGAAAAAGUGGUUGAAAAUACAGGAAUGACGCAAAACUGGAGCUAGGAAAUCAAGUUAAAGGAAUCUGUAAAACGACCAAUAAUGUUUUUUCUGGAUCCUUCCCUUAUGCAGUUUCCCCCGUCACGCACCCCCCCCCCCCUCCCCUGCACAGUGUGGACCCUUUUAAUCUCAUUGCCCAAAUCUCGCUGGGGUUCAAACGACGGAAAAGAUGCCAAGACUC